CAUGUCAUUUUAUUCCUCAAAGCUUUCUCAAAUGAUGUUGAGCUAAGCUCAGUAAAAAUGGUGCUUGGAAACCUUAAACUAAUGUAUCCAGAAAAACUGGUGAACCUGAAUCUGUCUGCUCCAUCAGGCUGCCUGUUGUCUGUCCUUGUUUCCUGUUUUCUCCAAGAACAAAGAGUCAACAGACACUGUGGCAAAUGAUCGGCGUGCCUGGUGACGCUGCAGCGGGUGAGGAGGGGGGACUUCAAAUGCUUUUCAGUCAGAGAUGUACCAUCCUGUCUGCUGCCUGCAGGCCACCUCACAGCCACACUGUUGUUAUCAUUCAACCAAUCACUGAGUCCUCUCUGACUGGUAUGGGGUGCAGCUGACACUUUCAGUCGCUCUGGAUGGUGGCGUUCCUUUCCAAGAGGGGCUGAUGUCUGACCAAAACCUUUCCAUGACAGCUGGCAGCUGAGACCAUCAUGGACCAGAGUGUUGAGACUCUAGAACUGCUGGGGGCCCUGUUAUAUGCAGUGGGUUGGCUUUGCUCUCUGUGCACUACUAUGAUGCCCUUCUGGCUUACCCUAUCCACAGACCUGCUCCCCACUGAGAGUUUGGAAGUGGGACUGUGGAAGUCAUGUGUUGUCCAGGACCUGGGUCUCCAGGAAUGUCGGCCAUACAACAGCCUACUGGGUCUGCCACCAGACAUCAAACUGGCCCGCAUUCUGAUGUGUGCUGCUCUGGGCUUUGGGCUGGUGGGCUUGGUGCUGGCCAUCAUGGGCCUAAACCUGAUCAACAGCUGCUGCCGCCAGAUGGAUGAGCUAAGCCUCAAGAAGGUCCUGAAAGCAGCAGGAGGGAUGCUAAGCCUGGCAGCUGGGAUCCUGGUCCUGGUCCCAGUCUCCUACAUAGCUCAUCUGACUGUGGUGCGAUUCUUUGAUAAGUCAGUGCCGGAUGUGGUUUCUCGCUGGGAGUUUGGUGAUUCUCUGUUCUGUGGCUGGACAGCUGGAGUCCUGCACCUGCUGGCUGGAACGCUGCUGCUGAUUUCUUCUUUGUAUCUGCAGGAGCAGAACCAGAACCUACCUGUCCACAUCCCGCUGGUCCCAGUGUCGCAGAGACAGCGAUCCAUCAGAAUCAGAACUGAAUACAUCUGAGAACACAUCUGGAGCACCCACCAGGAGAAAGUUUUUAACUUUCACAUGGUUGGAAAUCUGAGUUGAUGUGAAGGUUUGAACAGAGGUGGACUUAUUUCACAUCUUAACGUCCUAUCAAAUGUCAUGUGGAAAUAUCUGUAGUUUGUUGGAGCCAAAGAAACAAAAAGCUGCUAUUUCCUGUUUUCUGCCAUUCACCUGACCAAGAUUUUUAACGACAUUUAGCACUCUCUAGCUAUUAUGUGGACAUUGUGGUGUAAUUGGAAAGUUUAAUCAGCAGCAUUGAUCGGCAGGUACAACGAUGCUUUCACCCCCUUUUUGACCUUGGAAGAUAUGUUUGAUGUCCAACUGCAGAUCAGUCCUGGGAACAUAGAAGAUGGGCAUGAGUGAAAAACAGAAAAGGAAAAUAAUACACAAAUCACUAUAGAUCAGCCUUGUUAACAGUUGUCUUUAAUAAUUAGUACUGGAGUCAUAUUAAAAAAACAUCCAUCCAGGUUUACUAGACUAAUUUUAAUAUUAUUAAAAUUAGUCUAAUGUUUGUUUCACCACAAGAGGGACACAAAUUAUCAAUAAAGAGUCCAUAUUUUAGUCCAAGAGUCAAUAAAUAAUUUUGAGUAGAAGGGGGUUUGUUUGUUUUUUUUGUCCAGUUCUGAAAUCAAAUAAAAUGUUUAAAUGUCACCAGAUUAAAUGAUAAAUUGAACUGCUUUAAAUCCUCUCUUUAACUGAUGAGUUCAACAUGAUAUUGCUUUAACAAACUUUGAACUUAUUCAGUUUUAUUCUGAUUCUCCAGAGGUUAUUGUUGUAGCCCCAUUACUGCAUGUCAACAAACUUAAAAAAUAUUUAUCACUUUAAUAUAUCAAAAUUAGGAUAAACUCUUGGAGUUCAAUUCCCAGCCAGUGUCUCUACUGCUUGUGUUCUGCAACAUUGUACUUAAGAAAAUGUGAAAUACAGUUUGACUCAUUUCCAGUACAAUUCGAUUUAAUGUCUGUAGUGCAACUAGUAGAACAUACAAUUAAUGCAAUACAUCACAAAGAGCACAAAUGUUCAUUGCUUUUUGACAAAAUACAUUAUAUAUUGCUGAUGAAAUAGCUUAAGAUAUAUGUUGAAAGCUGGUUGGCACAUCCUUUGACA